AUGAAUAUGUCAGCUUCUCAGUAUAUUAGCAGUGGGUGUGAAUCUGGUUGGACAUCAUACUUAAACGAAUCCUCUAAUUCAAAAAACCAAUAUCGGGGUUUUGGUGGGUUUGUUGAUGGAGAUUAUGCUAGGGUAGAGGGUGAACAAGAGGAGGAUUUGUCUAUGGUUUCUGAUGCAUCCUCUGGACCUCCUCAUUAUCGUGAAGAUGAUGAAUACUGCUGUGAUAAAUUGGCCAAGAAGAGCAAAAACAAAAGGAAGAGCAAAGAAUAUGGUAGAAGCCAACAGCAUUCAUAUCUUGAUGACACCGCUAGCUCUCCUGCAUUGGGCAAGGCAACGAACAAUGAAGGUCCAACCGAGCUUGUCCUGGAAUCAUCCCAAGGUUUCUCUGCAACACAUUUCAAGAAUCAAAUUUAUACAUCAGCUUGCUCAGAGGAAUAUAACUUAAUAUUCAACAAAAACGUUGCAGAAAGCAAUAUGUCUAAUAUGGAGGCUCAAGCUUUAGUUGAUUUGUUAAAGAAGUUGAUUAACGAUGGCUACUCUGGAAUUCAGGAAGGAAGGAGGAAACAAAAAGAAAAGCUAGUUAAAAAAAGAUUGUGGUCCUUCGAAGAACAGAGUGUCUCAACAUUAGGCAUCGAUGACCGGGGUAUCCGUUUGUACCCCACCUAA